AAUAAUCUUGAGCAUUAAAAAAAAAAGCUUUGAAUAAUUGUGAUGGUACUGCGGCAGCAGCGGGAGGAGGGAAUCAUUUGUGCGAAUAUGUCGUAACAAUGGGGACGAUGGUCACGAGGUUGUGAAGUGCGAACCCACAAACACACACACACGUUGCCCCCUUACCCGCGCUCUUCCCCUUCUCUCUCUCUCUCUCUCACUCACUCACUUUAACUACUCUCCCCACUUCGCUUCUCUCUCUCUCUCUCUCCCUCCCUCCCUCUCAAUUCCAAACCAUGGACCCUGUGGAGGUCCUCCCUCCAUGGGUUCCCGAAGACGACCUUCUCUUGAAGAACGCCGUCGAGGCCGGUGCUUCGUUGGAAUCGCUGGCCAAAGGAGCGGUUCGGUUCUCACGACGCUAUUCCGUUACGGAAUUGCGAGAUCGGUGGCGCUCUCUGCUCUACGACGCUGACGUUUCUGUUACCGCUUCCGCUUCCAUGGCGAUUUUGGAGCUCGCCAAGUUGAGCGGAAGCGGAAGCGGAAGCAAGGAGGGUUCGGGAGAAGGUAGAAAGAGGAAAGUUCAAAGCAUUCGGAAGCAGUACUACGCGAUGCGGAAAAGGCAUGGCAGGUGCAGGGAGGGCGUGAAUGUUGAAAAGAACGCGGUGGUGUGUGACGGAAAUGGAAGUGUGGUGGUUGAUGGUAAUUUAAAUGAUGAUGUGAAUAAUUUAGUUAAUUAUGGGGAUUACUCGGGGUUAGAGGGAGUAGGAGUAGGGCAAUCUAAUUCGAUAAGUGAUGUUCCUUUGUGGAAAACUAUAGAGGAUGUUUCUGUGCCUGAUAUGCCUGUUCAAGUUAAUGUGCUUGAAAGUGAAAAUCGUUGUUCUGAAGGGAGAGAAAUAGUUUCCCAUGGUUUGAGUUUGGAAGGUAAGUGUGAGAAUGGUGGGGUGAAUGCUCCUGAUGCUGUGUUGGGAGACGAUGCUGUGCGUAUUUCUGAUUCUCUCUUGGACUUGACUGGGGAUGAACUUAUUUAUGUGGAUAUAGAUGGGAAAGAUGCGACAGCUGCGGAUAAGCCGUGUUAUGAUAAUGUUGAUUCGCUGUUGUUAAGUUCUCCUUGUGAUGUUCAGGGUAAUCAUGUUGCUGGUGUUUGUGAGCCACAGAAGUUGGAUGCGGAAACUAAAUUUGCUGUGCGUUCUGGGUCAUCUUCCACCGUGUUGGAGGGUGUUGCUAGCUCGUUAGGCAGCAGUCGUGGUGAUCAACAUUUUGUUUCUGAUUCUGGAAAUGAUGUUGGAUCGUCUGUGGCAGCACAAAGUUCUCACCCGGAACUUCGUGAGGACAAUAUGUUCUGCGUAUUGAAUACUGAGGACCCUGUGGUCCCAUGCAAUGACCAUAUAACUUUAUCCAUUUUAGUUCCUCAUUCAGUUGCCCUGAAAUCCCGACCAAUUGUUAAAGAGGUGGGUUAUUCAGAAUCGGUUAUGAAUAAUCAACGAAGAAAUGAACUGGUUGGAAGCUUGAAUAAAGAAGACGUUCUUUCUCACUCUUUUGCAGCUUCACAGACAGUUCGACAGGGGUUACUGUCUAAUAUAAAUUCAAGCUACCCACCUGUUGAUCUUGUACCUAAAUCUGAAAAUCCUGGAAGAAACUCUAUUUCUGCAGUUUCUAGACAGAGUAACAAUGUCAAUGUCAACAUCAACCCAAGUCAUAGCAGAUUAGUUAGUGCAACUGUGAUGCCUGCCUCAGAUAGACAUCUAAAACAAGAGGAAAUUGUUGCUCUGACUUCUGCUGAAGUUUAUGCACAUACAAAGGUUGAGGAACAUAAGGUUUUACCUAAAUCAGAAGCAAAAUCAUUCUCUCUCGAUCAGGAAGAAGGUGAUGUUGAUGAUGAUGAUGACGAUGAUGAAAUUCCUGACUUUUCUGAUGCUGAGGCAAUGAUUCUUGAAAUGGAUUUAUGUCCAACUGAUCAAGAUACAAAUGCAAGUAGAGAAGUCUUGAGAUAUCAACAUGAAGAAACUAAGAGGACUAUCAUGAGAUUGGAGCAAGGUGCUCAGUCCUUUAUGGGAAGAGCCAUUAAAUCUCAGGGUGCAUUUGCAGUAUUGUAUGGGCGCAUUCUGAAGAAGUAUAUUAAAAAAAGCGAGGUUAUACUUGGCAGAGCAACAGAUGAUGUACAUGUUGAUAUUGACUUGAGAAAAGAAGGGCAAGAUGCUAACAAAAUAUCUAGAAGACAAGCUUUAAUAAGGAUGCAAGCAAAUGGUUCUUUCGUUAUUAAAAAUCUUGGCAAGAGGUCUAUCUUCUUAAAUGGCAAAGAAGUUGCUACAGGACAAGUGCGGGGUCUUAAUGCUAGCAGUCUGAUCGAGAUUAGAGGCAUUUCGCUCAUCUUUGAGAUCAAUAAUAGGUGCGUGAGGAGGUUUUUGGAAAAUGUGAAUGAAAACAGAUGAAGAUACAGAACACAUUUACCUUGUUUGCCUGAUAGAGGGUCUGUAAGAAGAGAAAUGGCGUCGAAGGUUGAGUGUUAAGGAUUUUAGGUAGCGUUCUCAUGCCAGCCAAAAAUAGAAGUUAUACCAGCUAUUAUUUUGUAUUAAUUCAGAAUCCAAAGUGUACAUAUAGAUAGAAGAUGAAAAAGCAUUAUAAUAGAUAUAUGAUAUGGCUGCUGCGCUA